AUGUGGCUAACAGAGAGUGGUUAUGGUGAUACUGUUAGGGAGGCUUGGAUGACUCACAUGCUGUACUCAUCCUCUCAGAUAGUGUUGGAGAAAAUCAAGCUUUGUGAGGAAAAGCUAAUGGAGUGGAGCAAACGCUCCUUUGGUAGUGUGAAGAAACAGAUUGAGGAGAAGUCUAAACUCCUAGAAAGGGCUGAAUUUGUGGCGGCACAGGGGGCUAAUUUUGAAGCAGUACGAAUUCUUAGAGUUGAAGUGAAUGAGUUGCUUGAAAAAGAAAGCUUGAUGUGGCAACAACGAGCAAGAGCUUUGCAUCUCAAAUCUGGCGAUAGCAAUACCCGAUUCUUCCACAACAAAGCUUCUCAGAGAUUUUGA